AUGGAACUUAAUAAUCAAUCUAAAAUUGAGUGUACUCAACACAAUGAGGGAAAUUUAAAUAAUAAUCCAAAUAAUGAAAAGGAGGAAGAAGAGAAUGUUGAUGAAAUGAAAUAUUUAAGUCAAAUUAAAGAAAUUAUGGAUAAUGGUAUUCUAAAGUCUGAUAGAACUGGAACUGGUACAAUUUCAAUUUUUGGAAUGCAGGCUCGUUACAAUCUUCGAAAUGGUGUCAUUCCUCUACUUACUACAAAACGUGUUUUUUGGAAAGGAAUUGUUGAGGAAUUGCUUUGGUUUAUUCGUGGUGAGACUAAUUCUAAAACGCUUUCUGACCGAGGUGUGAAAAUUUGGGAUGCCAAUGGUUCAAGACAAUUUUUGGAUUCUAUUGGACAUUUUGACAGGCCUGAAGGUGAUUUGGGGCCAAUUUACGGAUUUCAGGUUUUUUCUUUAAUUUUUAAUUCAAAAAAUUUUUAG